AUGGGGCUCGACAGGGAGAGUAAAUCCAUCCAUCCAUCUUCUAUGCAGGGUCGCAUGAAGUCCUGGAGCCUAUCCUGUCUCGGGCAGAAGGCAGGGAAUCACCCUGGAGAGGUGGCCAGUCCAUCAAAGGGCAGGGAGAAUAGGCGCCAGAUUACUCCAAAAAUGGCAAGUCGUCGAGUAACUAAACGAAUCUUGAAACCGGUUAUAGAGAAGAAACGGAGAGAUCGGAUUAACCAGCGUUUAGAAGAGCUGCGAACGCUUCUCAUGGAUAACACUCUCGAUACGCGACUACAAAAUCCUAAAAUGGAGAAGGCUGAAAUUCUGGAAUUAACUGUUGAAUACAUCAAGAAAAAAGCGAAAGGUGCGAGGGAAAAUUCUAACAGGUCCUCAGGCCCACAUAAUGCUAACCCUCCUACUCUGCUCUCUGGGAUAUCCCGUGUACCAUUUGCUUCAGUCCACGAGCCCGUCAAUGCACAGAUACCCUCAAAUCCAAUCUACAAAGCUGGUUUUGAGGAGUGCGUCUCUCGCCUGGCCAGCUUCAUUGACUGCGUAGAGCCUUCUCAGAAAGACAGCUUCGUUCAGGGGCUGUGCCACCACCUUGACUCUUACAGCAGUGCUCUUCCUCAGGCCAGGAUCUUUGGUAAGGCCGCCCGCCAUCCUUGGAUCCCAAGUGCAGAGUUGAUGUGCAGGACGGACUUACCUGCAAUUGGACCCUCAAGAGCGAACAACGAGUCUUUUUCCUACACCAACAGUUUGUAUCCCAGUUCUUUCAUGCUUCACCACCCUCAUCCCAAAGGACUGCCCAUGACACACCCCUACCUCUCUCCACCAUACUCCAUCUCUCCUCCACCCUCUCCUUGUUACUCAAGCAGCUCUCCCCACUUCUCCAGCUCUCCCACAUACCUCUCUGUACCCUGCCACUUCCCUUUCCCACCUACCAUCUCCCCACACUCCUCUGACUCUUCAUCGUCAUCAGGUUCUCUUAGCAUCUCACCUCCUGCAGCGCCAGUAGUCUCAGGACCCCAUCUUCAGGCCUCCAUGGGCUCCCCAACACCAGAGCGAACCAAUGGUUCAGUGCCCCCCUGCCAACCCCGGACUCUUAGACGAGCUCUUUUCCACAACCAGACACCGUCUGUCUGGAGGCCCUGGUGA